GCCUUGGUUGCAAUUGUUAUCUCAGGUACUGCCUUUUAUUCUCAAAUUAUCGCAAAAUCCACUCAUCAUGCCUGUCUACGUGCUCACUGGUGCCAACAGAGGCCUUGGUCUCGAAUUCGUCCGUCAACUCUCGGCAGAUGGCUCCAACACAGUGAUUGGAGCAGUGCGCUCAAUGUCAAACGAUUUGACCGACUUGAAAUCACUCAACAAGAACAACAAUAUACACAUCCUGGAAUGUGACACUGGAGAAGCAUCUAGCAUCACAUCCUUCGUUGAAUCAUGUGGCAAGACUCUUGAGGGCAGGAAGAUCGACUACCUCCUCAACAACAGCGGCAUCAAUGCUGUCCCAGAGCAGAGCUCACUCUCAAUAACCGAAAGCGAUAUGAACCAGCACAUCAACAUCAAUGUUCUCGGACCUGCAAAAACAACUGAAGGCUUCUACAAAGCCGACUUGCUGUCCUCGGAUGUGAGGAUCUUGAACAUGACAUCUGGACUUGGCAGCAUGAAAAUCAGCAUAGGCAUCAAGCCGAGAAAGUGUACCACAUACAGCAUCAGCAAGGCCGCGUUGAAUAUGCUCACGGUACACCAAGGCGAGGAACUGCGAGAGAAGCUCCCCGGUGCUGUUGUCAUCAGCAUGGAUCCUGGUUGGGUCAAGACUCGCAUGGGUGGUGAGGGUGCUUUGAUCGAGGCUCAUGAGAGUAUCAGUGGGAUGCUCAAGGUGUUGCACGGGCUCAAAAAGGACGAUACUGCAUCGUUCUGGACAUACAGUGGAGAACAGGUGCCGUGGUAAAUAAAUCUAUGAUAUAGAGCAUGUAUCUAACGUGCAAUAUCCAC